AUGUCAGCAGCUUCUGUGGUGACUCAAAACAAUGUUUCAGUAACCUUCACAGUUACAUUCAGCAAUAAGUGCCGGUCAGGAAGCGGACGUUUUGUGUUCCUACGCGGUUUGUCAGUGGUGCAAUGUAUCCAGCAGUGUGGUUUGCGUGAACAAUGUGGCUCUUUAACAUAUAAGCGGAGGAUGACAGUUUGUGAGCUUUUUGUUUCGGCGGCCGGGGAUAUGCUUACAGAGGAUGGCAACUGUAUAUACAUACAAGCAUCGGAUAUAGCAUUUACUGAGAAUCCAUGCGGGGGAUGUGAAUCUAGCAAAGUGUGUGACAUGAAGAAUGAGGCGUGUAUAUUCAAAGAGUGCCAGCCUCCAGUUCAUCCCGAUAAUGGAAUCAUACUGGGUAACAUGUAUUCGAUUGGAAGUAUGAUACGAUACGCAUGCAACCAUGGAUACCAUGAAAGCAAUGGCAACGUGACCGCGGUCUGUCUGGACACUGCUCAGUGGAGUUCUUCAGUUGAAUGUGCUCAAGAUGCUCAAGAUACUCUUGAAGUUACAGAUUGCUAUGUGGGUGAUUCUUGGAACUACGCUGGACAAAAGAAUGUGACAGCUACGGGCAACAGAUGUCAGAGAUGGGACGCUCAGUUUCUGCAUCCCCAUACUUUUAUUGAUGUCAACUACUUCCCAGAAUCGGACCUGUCAGAGGCUGAGAACUACUGUCGCAACCCGGAUCGCUGGUCGGGCGGUCUUUGGUGUUUUACAGCAGAUUUAUUAACGCCAAUAUGGGAAGAAUGUGACAUUUUAGAAUGCUGA